AUGGCUGCCAGGACCCGAGGCCAGCACUGCAGAAGACUGGUCCUCCUUUGCGUGCUGCUAGGGAUGCUGCCCGGGGCCAGGGCCAGACAGAUCCGCUAUUCGGUGCCGGAAGAGACGGAAAAGGGCUAUAUAGUGGGAAAUAUCUCUAAGGACCUGGGACUGGAGCCCCGCGAGCUGGCGCAGCAUGGAGUCCGCAUCAUCUCCAAAGGUAAGAUCCAGCUUUUCUCUCUGAGCCCGCGAGGUGGCAGCUUGGUCACCGCAGGCAGAAUAGACCGGGAGGAGCUGUGCACUCAGAGUGUGCCCUGUCUCCUAAGCUUUAAAGUCCUAGUUGAAGACAGAGUGAAACUUUAUGGGGUGGAAGUAGAGGUCCUUGAUAUCAACGACAAUGCGCCGAAAUUUGAGGCUGAAAAUUUAGUAGUAAAAAUCAGUGAAAUCGCUGCCCCUGGAGCACGGUAUCCACUCCCAGAAGCUGUUGAUCCAGAUGUGGGCAUAAACUCCCUCCAGAGUUACCAGCUCAGCCCCAACCAACACUUCUCUCUACACCUGCAAACCGGAGAUGAUGGAACUAUAAACCCAGAGCUGGUGCUGGAGCGCACCCUGGACCGAGAGGAAGAGCCCACUCACCACCUGGUCCUCACUGCCUCCGAUGGCGGCAACCCGCGCCGCUCCAGCACAGCGCUCAUCCAGGUCACAGUGUUGGAUACAAACGACAAUGCCCCUGUUUUCGACCAACCGGUUUACCGCGUGAAAGUCCUCGAGAACGUGGCCCCUGGCACUUUGCUGCUCACGGUGAGAGCUAGCGACCCGGAUAAGGGUGCCAAUGGGAAAGUGACAUAUAAAUUCCGAAAAGUUAAUGAAAAACAGUCCCUGUUAUUCCAUCUUCAAGAAAACACAGGGGAAAUAUCAGUAGCGAAAAAUCUAGACUAUGAAGAAUGCUCAUUAUAUGAAAUGGAAAUACAGGCUGAAGAUGGUGGGGGACUGAAAGGGCGGACCAAAGUGAUAAUUAUGGUAGAAGAUGUAAAUGACAAUCGACCAGAAGUGACCAUUACAUCCCUGUUUAGCCCAGUGAGGGAAGAUGCGCCCCCAGGGACAGUACUCAUCCUUUUCAAUGCUCAUGACCAAGACUCGGGGAAGAAUGGUCAAGUUGUCUGUUCCAUCCAGGAGAACCCAUCUUUUAAAUUAGAAAAUUCAGUAGAUGACUACUAUAGGUUGCUGACAGUCCAGACUCUCGAUCGCGAAAAGGUUUCUGAGUAUAAUAUCACAGUGGCAGCAACAGACAGAGGAACCCCACCCAUGUCCACAGAAAUUCAAAUCACCCUGUACAUAGCUGACAUCAAUGACAAUCCGCCUGCCUUUUCUCAAAACUCGUACUCAGUCUAUCUCCCUGAAAACAACCCCAGGGGCACCUCCAUCUUCUCAGUUACUGCCCAUGACCCCGAUGACAAUGAGAAUGCUAAGAUCACUUACUCUUUGGUGGAAAACACUAUCCAGGGAGCACCACUCUCCUCCUAUGUCUCAAUUAACUCUGACACAGGUGUGCUCUAUGCUCUGCAAUCCUUUGACUAUGAGCAGUUUCGAAAUCUGCCGAUGCAGGUGAGGGCAAGUGACAGUGGGCAUCCCCCACUCAGCAGCAACGUGUCCCUGACUGUGUUUCUAGUGGAUCAGAAUGACAACGCUCCCCGGAUCCUGUACCCCUCUCUCCCAACUGACGGUUCCACUGGUGUGGAGCUGGCUCCCCGCUCAGCAGAGGCCGGAUAUCUAGUGACCAAGGUGGUGGCAGUGGACAAAGACUCUGGACAGAAUGCCUGGUUGUCUUACCGUCUGCUCAAGGCCAGCGAGCCUGGACUUUUCACAGUGGGACUCCGCUCAGGUGAAGUCCGCACAACCAGGGCCCUGCUAGACAGAGAUGCUCUCAAGCAAAGCCUUGUGGUGGCUGUUCAGGAUCAUGGUCAACCCCCUCUUUCUGCUACCAUCACUCUCACGGUGGCUAUGGCAGACAGCAUCCCCGACAUCCUGGCUGGCUUGGGCAGUAUCAACACUCCUGCCAACCCUGAUUCUGAUAUCACACUCUACCUGGUAGUGGCAGUUGCUGUGGUCUCCUGUGUCUUCCUAGCCUUUGUCCUUGCCCUGCUGGCCCUUAGGCUGAGGCGUUGGCACGCUUCUCAUCUGCUGCAGGGUGAAUUGACUGGGGUACCACCAUCACAUGUUGUGGGCGUGCAUGGGGUUCAAGCUUUCCUACAGACCUAUUCUCAAGAGUUCUCCCUCACACCUGACUCUGGGAAGAGCCACCUGAUCUUCCCACAGCCCAACUAUGCAGACACACUCAUCAGCCAGGAGAGCUGUGGGAAGAGCGAGCCUUUGUGUGGUCCAGCUGAGUCCAGGUUUCCUGUUGAUGACACUCCCUUGGUUCCUAGCCUCUGGGAGCCGCUGUCGGCCAGUGCAGCGCAAGCACCAAUGCCCGGCAUCCCUCAGUCUCUAGGCUGGAAUUUCCUGCGCAGAAACGAAUACACUCCAAAGGGAACUCUCACUCACAGAAACUAA